AUGGCUUCUAAUCCUUGGUGGCCCUCGUCUUCGGAUGACGAAGAGGAGAUGUUUUUCGCAAACGCUGUUCUACGGGCGGGACAGAUUUUAAUCGAAGAGGAAGAGGAAGACGAAGAGGAAGAGGAAGAAAUUGGUGAAAAUGUUAUUACCAGACGAAUACGCAUUAACAGAGACCGCCAAGCUGUGGCAUCACAAGAUUUGUGGAUAUGGCAUUCUUUCUUUGGUCUCCCUGGUUCACUCAACGACCUCAACGUGUUAUACCAAUCGGCCAUCUUUACCGAUGUCGUUAAUGGAACGGGACCGGACACAAGUUUUACAGUUUCUGGGGUUGAGUAUAGACGUGGGUAUUAUCUUGCUGACGGGAUAUAUCCGUCUUGGUCUACAAUUGUGAAGACUAUUCCGUAUCCCGAGGACGAAAAACGAAAAAAAUUUGCCAAGCGUCAAGAAGCUGCAAGAAAAGACAUCGAACGCGCUUUUGGUGUCUUACGAAAAAAAUGGGCCAUCGUUGCACAACGGGCACGUGCGUUCACCCCAAAAAGGCUGCGUCUUUGUAUGUACGCUUGCAUUUUGCUCCAUAACAUGAUUAUUGAAGACGAAGGUCGGGCGAUUUGUGAGUAUGAUGAGAAUGCAUCUUGGGGGAACACUGUCCCGGUUGAUCCCCCACAACAGGAUUUAAACUCGUUCUCGCUAACAAACGACUUCACGCAUGCAAACCUUCAACAAGAUUUGGUAGAACAUAUUUGGAACAACGUUAACAUUGUGGAGGGUGACGGAGCCGAAGACGAAGACGAAGACGAGUAG